GAGCGAGCGAAAGAGCGAGAGAGAGAAACCAGAGAUAGAGAGAGAGUGCUAGUGUGCCGUGUGCGUGGGAGAGAGAAACAGAGUUACAUCAUCACCUAGGCACAAGCUACGCAGUGCAGCCAGCGGCUUGCAGCCUUCCUGCAGCGGCGCGUCAAAACUGGCAGCCAGACGGCAAGGCACAAGAAACACCUGCCCGCCGGUGCCCGGUCGCCGGUCGACCAUGGACUUCGACGACCACGAUGACGGCGACGAGGAGAUGCCGCCGGUGAUGAGCUCCAGCUACGAGACCCCGCAGCAGGUAGCUGGGUUCGCUGGCGGUGUGGCUCCCAGGCCGACCGGCGAGCCCGGCGGCCGUGCCAAGGCCCCGGGCAGCGGCGCCGGCGGGAGGUACCGCGAGUGCCUCAAGAACCACGCGGUCGGCAUCGGGGGCCACGCCGUGGACGGGUGCGGCGAGUUCAUGGCCGCGGGCGAGGAGGGCACCCUCGACGCGCUCCGCUGCGCCGCGUGCAACUGCCACCGGAACUUCCACCGCAAGGAGUCCCCGGGCACCCAGGGCUCGCCCAUCUCCCCCGCCGCGAUUGUCGCCUACGGCGCCACUCCGCACCACCAGUUCUCCCCGUACUACCGCACCCCGGCCGGGUACUUCCACCAGCAGCAGCACCACAUGGCCGCAUCUGCGGCGGCAGUAGCCGCCGCCGCAGGUCACACGCCGCGGCCGCUGGCGCUCCCGUCCACCUCCCACAGCGAGCGCGACGACGGCGACGACCUGUCCGGGAUGGCGGGGCCCUUGUCGUUUGUGGGGCCGCUGAGCGGCAUGUCCCUGGGCGGCGCGGGCCCUUCCGGCUCGGGCGGGUCCGGGUCCGGCAAGAAGCGGUUCCGCACCAAGUUCACCCAGGAGCAGAAAGACAAGAUGCUGGCGUUCGCGGAGCGCGUGGGGUGGCGCAUCCAGAAGCACGACGAGGCCGCCGUGCAGCAGUUCUGCGACGAGGUCUGCGUCAAGCGCCACGUGCUCAAGGUGUGGAUGCACAACAACAAGCACACCCUCGGCAAGAAGCCAUAGCACCUGACCCCCUCCGCAUGCACGAAACAAACUCCACGCGCGCAUGCAUCCCAGAGCAGCUGUUCGAUCACAUCAACGGUGCCCAUGGCCAGCGCUCCGGUAGGCACCUGCAUCUUCUUCGUUACCAUUCGACUUCGGCGCCUUCGUGGCGGCGUAGGUUAGUAGCUAGUAACUUGUAGCGAGCGGUUCGUUCUUGGCUUUAUUAGGCAGUUCUUUUAUUUUAUUUUCCCUUCAACUGUACUUGUUCGUGUUGUUCUUCUAUCCCCAUGGCAUGGCCAUUUGCCGAUUUGGUUACGUUCUUCAUGGGAAUGUACUUGAUGUUGCAACU